AUGCCAGCUACAAUCGACGAGGAACUUAUUUUACGUGCUAUAGACGAAGCUUGCCGAGAUUGGCAACAAAAAUUUACAACUACAACUCCUGAACUAAGACAAGCUAUCCAAGAAUUGUUCUAUAAUUGCACACGAGCUUUAAUUCAACUAUAUAUUUACGCUGAUGAUAACGAUCAAAUGAAACAAGAUCGAGUUCGUGCUGAACACAUCGUAUCAAAGCUGAAAGAGCUAAAACAGUCUUUAGGUGAUUUAUGGCCACCAAAUUUAGAUAGUUUUGCUAGAGAUAUAUUUGAUAUUGGUUCAUAUCACGUCGAGGCAGCAGAAUUCUUUUCUCCUGUUCCAUUUUAUCCAGGUGACAAUUUAAUAAUGAAAUUGUAUCGAUGGUCAGUUUAUGACACAAAUGGAACAGUUGUUUACCGUUAUUAUUUGGAAAGAAGUGAAAUCAUUGCUGGACAAGUGUAUCAUGUUCUAGGAAAAUCUUAUUCGAAUGGACAUUCUCAAAUUCAGUCGUAUGGAUCAACUGCACCAGAUUAUUAUCAAAUGAAACGUCAUGUUAUCAAUGAUUUAAAUGGUCAAGGCCCACCGCCGAUAAUUUCACUGACAGUACCAUCGUUUGAGCACUGA